AUGAAAAAUUCGCAUAAAAAAUUUCCUGUGAAUACUUUAAAUUCCAAAGCAAGAGACAAUGGAUUAACUGAUAACUCAAAUAGCUUUUUAAUGAUCAUGUGCACGACAACCGCGACAGUUCAGUGUCAAGAUCCAAAAUUAUCAACGCCAGCUAAAUUAAGUGAAAUCAUGUUGAUGAGGUCGAAACAUGAGACGAAUAAAAGUGAAACCUAA